AUGCGCUACAAGAAAAAAAAAAGAAAAACAACUGUGCAGGAUUCUAGGCGAUUAUUGUCAAUAAGGAAAAAAAAUCCAUUUACAAAAACGUAUGAAUAA